AUGGAGCCACCAAGCAAAAGACGAAGAUUGUCUCAGGAUGUCAGCGAAAGUAGUGGCGAGGAAGACUUCACACCUGCCGCCGUUCCAGAAGCGACAUCUCGAAUCCAACCCAAGCAAAAUACCACAUCGACGGCGAAACCACUCAUAUCUCGAUCUGAAGACGACAUCUCCGCUCUUCCCACGGCGAUCCAAGCGACUCUCGAUGCGAAGUCCAGCUUCAAAUCCAUCGGCGUCGAUCCCUGGCUGAUUGCCUCUCUCUCCCACCUCUCGAUCAAAUUCCCAACUCGCAUCCAAAAAGCCUGCAUUCCCGAAAUCCUCGCCGGCCGAGACUGCAUAGGAGGAAGUCGUACUGGUUCCGGUAAAACGAUCGCCUUUGGACUACCCAUCCUGCAGCAAUGGGCGAGGCAACCGUCCGGCAUCUUUGCGCUGGUCCUAACGCCAACCCGCGAACUGGCUCUGCAGAUCUACGAGCAAUUCCAAGCAAUCGGUGGCGGGCAAGGCAUCAAAUGCGUUCUCGUCACGGGUGGAGCACAUAUGCGAAACCAAGCGCUGGAACUCGCAAAACGACCUCACAUCGUCAUCGCCACACCUGGUCGACUCGCAGAUCACAUCUCAAGUUCAGGCGAGGACACAAUCUACGGACUGCGCAAGUGCAAAUUCGUCGUCCUCGAUGAAGCCGACCGCCUACUAGCCAGCAGCAAAAAAGGGAGCAUGCUCCCCGACGUCGAAACCUGCAUGUCCAUCCUCCCACCCGCAUCAUCCCGACAAACCUGCCUCUUCACAGCAACCAUCACACCCGAGGUCCGCGCUCUCAAAUCCGCUCCUCGCUCCCCCUCUCGUCCACCAGUCUUCAUCUCCGAAGUCGACGUCGACUCCCUCGCCAUCCCCGAUACCCUCACCCAAACUUACCAACUCGUCAACGUCCUCCACAAGGAAAAAUACCUCCACAUCCUCCUCCUCACCCCCGAAAAUGUUACCAAAACAACCAUCAUCUUCACCAACCGUACUGAAACUGCGAAUCUCCUCGAACACACCCUCCGUCUCCUCACCCACCGUGUGACAGCUCUCCACUCCGCUCUCCCCCACGAACAACGAACCUCCAACCUCGCGCGCUUCCGCGCCGGCGCAGCCCGCAUCCUCGUCGCUACGGACGUCGCUUCUCGCGGUCUGGAUGUCCCCGACGUGGGUCUCGUCAUCAACUACGACAUUCCCCGUAAUCCGGACGACUAUAUCCACCGGGUGGGGAGGACGGCGCGUGCGGGGAGAAAGGGGUUGAGUAUUUCCCUGGUUGGGCAGAGGGAUGUUGAGUUGGUGCAGGGGAUUGAGGCUAGAGUGGGGAGGAAGAUGGAAGUGUUCGAGGAGGAGGGGGUUAGUGUCGAGGGGAGGGUGGUGAGGAGUGAAGUGCUGAAUGAGGUGGGUGGGAAGAAGAGGGAGGCGAUGUUGGCGAUUGAAGAGGGGAGGGAUGUUAAGGGGAAUCGGAGUAAGGGGAUGGGGAAGAAGAGGAAGGGGUGA